UUGGUCUGCAAGGAUACAAGAGAAAAGUUGUCAUGCCCCACUGAUCAGCCAUAAAAAACUGCUCAGCUGUUGGGUGCAGUAAGGCAAAACUGAAUAGGAAGAAAAUAUAACGUGGUUAGAUCCAGAAAAUUGAAUUCUGUUCUCACAGUGAUGGAAUUAUACGCACCAAAAAGUUGUGUUCCUUCUGUCUUUCCCACUUUGUUCUCAAUGUCGAACUCCAAAUUUUGGAUGGAAGCUGUUGUAAUGUUUUAAAUUGAUUACAGAUGCAGCUGUAAAGACAUGUUACUGGAGCACACUUCAGGGCUCACCCGACAUCUUUAACUUCCCGGUGAUACCGCCGAUGUGCACCCCUGCUAUUAGAAUGGAUCUUGCCAUUGGGUCAAAGGUCAUAUGAGUCCAACUUCCUGAGGAAGUGAGGGAGAGGAAGCCACCCAGGCAAACAAUAAUAUGCACAAAGUGUGUUAGUUUGCAGUCGGGGAGGCUAGUAGGACGGAGGGACAGUCUGUUCUCUCUUCCGACAACACGCGGUUUGUCGUUGCAGAAGAAAAAAAAUAGUGGUUAACUUUACUCUUUUCUGACAACACUCAGUUUGUAGUAAGAGACGAAGAAAAAAAGUUGUUAACGGGACUUUUCAUUGUUAUGAAAGUUAUUUCAUCGGCCAUUUGUUGCGGAGGGAAUUCAGUGGGCUUCUAGAAGAUCUGUAGGAUUGGCAGUGGACGGACCCUCCCAAGCAACAUGACUACUCAUGAGGAGCUGGUUGCUGAGAUGCCCUCGCUGGAGCGUCUGAGUGUACAGGACAGGCUUAAACUUGCACGCAAACGCCGGGCCCAGCAGCUGAAACGAUGGGCCACCAGCGAGCGGGAAUUCACCAAGAAGAGCCGCAAAAGUGCCAUGGGAAAAGUGGGGCCAGACAGUCCCAGAAAGAGGAGGAUAAAUUUUGCCCCCAACAUCCAGCUCCUGGAGGCUGCUGCCAGAGGAGACAUCGAUGAAGUGCGGAUGCUACUUGAGUCAGGAGUUGAUCCCAACAUUGGUAAUGAAGAUGGACUAACAGCGUUACACCAGUGCUGUAUCGAUAACAAUGAAGCUAUUAUGAAGCUGCUCGUGGAACAUAAUGCCGACGUGAAUGUGACGGACCGAGAACUUUGGACACCCUUGCAUGCAUCCUCUACCUGUGGACAUGUGAAUCUGGCUCGUUUCCUCAUUACACAUGGAGCGGAACUCUUGGCCAUAAACUCUGAUGGCAACAUGCCCUAUGACAUUUGUGAGGAUGAGGUCACGCUUGACUACAUCGAGUCUCAAAUGGCAGAAAGAGGUAUCACACAAGAGCAGAUAGAUGAACUGAGAGAGGUUGCACCCAACCGCAUGCUCCUUGAACUUGGUGAAUUGAAGAGUGAGGGUGGCAAUCUUGAAUGCAGGGAUGAAAUUGGUGCUUCAUAUCUUCAUAUUGCAGCAGCUAACGGCUAUGACAAAGUGGCCAAGUUCUUGCUGGACAGCAGUGUUGACGUGAACGUCAAAGAUAAUGACGGUUGGCAGCCUAUUCAUGCAGCCGCUUGCUGGGCUCAUGGAGAAAUGAUUCAGUUACUUGUGCAGUAUGGAGCUGACCUAGAGGCCAAAACAAACAAUGAUGAAACACCACUCACAAUAUGCGAGGACGAAGACCUAAAGAACCUCAUCAAUCAAUUGAAGGCGGAGUUACACGCCCAUCGGUCAUUAGAAAACAAACUGGUUCGCCGUAAUUCCAGUCGAAACAAGCGCAGUUCUUCCAUAAGACGGAGCAGCAAACGAGAGAAAGGUGAACUGCGGAAGCUUGACGCCAAGGGAGAAGCCAUGUUCAUCCAAUCACAAGGCCCGGGUGAUGAUAUUCCAGCUACAGAUAUUGAUGAAGUGAAUAUUGGCACGGAGGCGCCUCAGAGUCCAACCUCAGUUGCGUCGGUGACGUUAGACAGAGAAGAACCAGAGGGAGAAGAGAAAGAUGUGAAUGGUGCCUUAGAGACUGAUAUCAUUCCCAUGCCUGUCAUUACGGAGGAAAUACCAGAUAGCCCUGAGAAGAGAGCUCAGCUGGAGAACGGGGAGCAGUCAGUGAUGCAGAAUGGAGAUGGGGGUGAUGGAAAGACUGAUAUGGAAGGACUCAAUGCGCCUGGCCUGCUAAGACAGCCCAAGAGCAUCCUCAAGAAAAGGAAGGAGCAAGAGGUCGUGGAAGAUCUCCAUGCCAAGAAAAGCAGGAAGGAAAAGGCCAAGGAUGUGGAAGCUAGGAAGCAGGAGCUGGAAGAGGAGAGACAGAAAGAGAGAGAGGAACGAGAGAAGGCUAAGCAACGGGAACGAGAGGAGCGACAACGAAAGAAGGAAGAAAAGGAGCGAGAAAAGCAACGGAUUAAGGAGGAGAAGAAACUGCUGCGUCAACGGGAGAAAGAGGAGAAAGAACGGGAGAAAGAGCUGAAGCGAAAGACUCUCACAGAGGAAACGGAGAAGAAGGAAGAGAAUACGACGAAAGAUGAUCAAGAGAAGGAUGUGGAGCAAGAUGCUAACCACACAGGGAACAUUGAGACUCUCUCUGAGUUGAAACGGCACCGAGCCUCAGAGCACGCCAAGCGGACUCUCAGUGGAGACAGUACGGAGGACUUUGGAACAGCCUGGUCCGAGGCUCGGAAGGACUCAUUUGACAUGCUGAAAGACCACAAGUCGCAAAAUAGCACAAAGAAAAAGAGCCCUCACAUUGUUCGCAAAAUCCUGCCGCACAGGCUGUCAGGGAGCUACACGUUCAACGAAACCAGUCAGGGGGACGGGCACCGCGACUCAACCGGAAGUGAGCAGAAUGGCAUUGGAGACCAAGGAGGAUUGAAUCCCUCGGAGUCAAGUAAUACCCCGCUGGAACCAUACCCUGGAGAUGAACCCCUUAAACGGUUCACUGCAGUGGAACAAGAGGUGAUUGGUGGGGAUGAGGAAAGAAGAUGCUGUGUCAUUUUGUAAGGGGAGGGGGUUGCCAUCAGGAAUUUUUAGCUGAGGCUGAAUGCAGUAUUUUCUAUUUUUUUUUUUUAACUUGUAAAUCCGUAAUAAGGCAAGUCUGUCUGUAAUGACCCGAAUGCGAUAAAUCUUGCCCUCCUAGAAAUAGAAAAUGGGACUUCAUCGUGCACAGUGCUUCUUGUAUGUAUCCAAAGAAAUUGUGGUUUGGCAUUUUAACCCCGAGGAGGAUUUUUCCAUAGUUUUAAGCCUCUUUUUAUACAUAAACAUUUCUCGGAAAUGAGUCAAUCAAAUUUGACAUUUUUGUGCAUGAGAGAGAUAGUCAGAAAUGUUUGGCCAAAAGUAGAAUAAAUUACACAGAAAACAAUGCCCCA